GAAACUCUGGUUCUGAAUGUAUAAUCAAAGAUACGGAUAGCAGUAAACUUGAUUUUGAGGCAGAUAUGUCUGUGAAGCUCGUGGCUAUGGUGUUUUUGCUGGUGGCAGCGAGUGGUGAGGAUACAAGUUUCAUCUUUAAUAAUGGCUUCCAAUCAGCUCAUUUAACCAUGGAUGGUAUUUCAGAGAUCACUCCCAAUGGCCUCCUCCAACUCACAAACGAAACGAGGGAAAAACGAGCCCAUGCUUUCUACCCCAAUCCAAUAGCUUUCACCCCCUCUUCUUCUUUCUCAACGGCUUUUGUUUUCGCCAUUAGACCUGAAUACCCUACUUUGAGUGGUCAUGGAAUCGUUUUUCUAGUCUCUCCAGAAAAAGCGCUUCCGGGUGCUUUGCCUACUCAAUACUUAGGUCUCUUCAAUGACACCAACAAUGGCAACAGUACAAACCAUGUUUUUGCAGUGGAGCUCGACACCAUACAGAACAGAGAGUUUGAUGAUAUCAAUGAUAACCAUGUCGGAAUUGACAUUAACAGCUUGAGGUCGGCCCAUUCUACUCCUGCAGGAUAUUAUGAUGAAGGGUCCCAGCUAAAAAAUAUGAGUCUUAUCAGUGGCCUUCCAAUGCGGGUGUGGGUGGACUAUGAUGGAGGAAAGAAGCAAAUUAGCGUCACCCUUGCUCCCAUCGACAUUAACAAACCCAAAACACCUUUGUUAACGUUAUCCCAAGAUCUUUCGCAUAUUAUAAAAUAUCCCAGUUAUGUGGGGUUUUCAUCCUCUACUGGGUCUAUAUUAACUUCUCAUUAUGUUCUUGGCUGGAGCUUCAAGCUCAAUGGGGAGGCUCAAAAUCUUGUCAUCUCUGAACUCCCGAAGUUACCACGACUUGGAGGAAGGAAACAAUCAAUGGUUUUGCUAAUCGGGUUGCCUCUGCUUUCACUAUGUUCGAUUUUUGCCGUGAUCUUAUCCAUAUUUUAUUACAUGUAUAGGAAAAAGAAGUUUUCUGAGAUUCAAGAAGAGUGGGAGCAAGAAUAUGGCGCUCACAGGUUCAAAUACAAAGCUCUGUACGUUGCCACAAAGGGUUUCAAAGACAGAGAGCUUCUGGGAAGUGGUGGAUUUGGCAGCGUAUACAGGGGAACAAUGCCAACUUCAAAAGUCGAGGUGGCUGUGAAGAAAAUUUCACAUGAAUCUCGACAAGGCAUGAGGGAAUUCAUAGCAGAAAUCGUGAGCAUCGGUCGCCUACGCCAUCGAAACCUCAUCUCUCUUUUGGGAUAUUGCAGACGGAAAGGAGAGCUUAUUUUGGUUUAUGAUUUCAUGCCGAAUGGAAGCUUAGAUAAAUACCUCCAUAACCAACCCAGAGUGACACUAAAUUGGAUGCAAAGAUUCAGAAUCAUCAAAGGCGUAGCUUCGGGAUUGUGCUAUCUGCAUGAAGAAUGGGAGCAAGUUGUGGUUCACAGAGACAUAAAAGCAAGCAAUGUUUUGCUAGAUUCAGAGUUCAAUGGCAGGUUAGGAGAUUUCGGUCUUGCAAGAUUAUAUGAUCAUGGGAGUGAUCCUGCAACUACUCACGUGGCUGGGACCUUGGGAUAUGUGGCACCGGAGAACACAAUAACGGGAAAAGCCACAACAAAGUCUGAUGUUUUUGCUUUUGGCACUUUUUUGUUGGAGGUUGUAUGUGGAAAAAGACCUAUAGAAGGAGAAUUUAUUUUGGUGAACUGGGUUUAUGGGUUGUGGAAGAAAGGUGAGAUUAACAAAGCAAAGGAUCCAAAUUUAGGAACAGAGUACAAAGCAGAGGAGGUAGAAUUAGUGCUGAAACUGGGGCUGAUGUGUUCCAAUUCUAAGGCUGAAUAUAGGCCCAGCAUGCGCCAAGUUGUGCAGUACUUGAAUAUGGAAGUGCCUUUGCCUGAUUUGCCAUUGCCAUUGUCGUCUCCUUCUUGCUAUGGAUUUACAUAUGGGAGUUACGAAAACUUUGAGGACGUUCGAAUGUCCUUUGCAUCUUCAUCUCGCACUUCAAUUCCCGAAUCAAUCCUCUCGAUCUGGAGGUCGUUGAUUUCCUCUAGAAGACAACAUAGUGGGUGAUGAGAAGAUCAUCAUCAUAAUAUGGCUAGCAUUACGCAAGACCACAUCAAAGAUGUCAACAACAAUAAAGAUAUAUGGGCUAUUGUUGCUCAUGUUCUUAGAAAGUGGAUUGCCUGCAAGAAGACCCCACCAUAUGCUCCCUAGAGGAUUGGCUUGCUUCUUGUGGAUAAGCAGGUAAGGCAGAAAUUGGCAUUGCUUAAUUAUCUAAAAUGUACUAUUAUUAAUUGACCCCGCAAAAUUGGUAUAGGGUUAUAGGAUAGAAGGUUUAGUAACACAAAGAGGACUGUUUGAGCGUUAGAAAAAUGAGCCCAAAGAGGGCGAAUUAUUCCACUUUGAAAACUUUGAGGUUGUUGACAAUGGAGAUCAAUACAGAGUUACAACACAUUCUUGGAGGCUUAAGCCUCAUAAUACGACAUACUUUGAAGAAUUAGAUUUACCAAUUCUUGGUGAGGCAUACAACUUCAUCCCAAUAAAAGAUAUUGUUGAAUUCACUAUAAAGAAUGAGGGGUUGAUUAGUUAGUACUGUAGGGUUCUAUUUAAGAUUCAAAUGUUAGCUUUUCACUUCUAUUUCAAUCAUGUGGUAAACAAAUUGUGUGCAAAUGUGAUGGGCUUCCUCCAAGGAUUUGGCGCCUUGCAAGACUACAAGAAUGAGUUUGAAACUUCUAAAAGACUAAACCUCACUCUUACUGACAAAAAGUAAGAACCACUCCCAAAGAUUUCUUAAAAAUUAUUCCAUUUUACAUGUGCAUUUAAUUUAAUUUGAACACACACAUAUAUUAUAGUGAUAAUAUUUAUAUAUUAUAUUUUUGUCUACUUUAUGCAUCAGUUCAUAGAAAGUCAUACAAUAUUGCAAUUUAUUUGUAUAAAUGCCAUAUUUUUAUGCAUAUUUGUUUCUAAUGGUAUGUAAACCUCGUUAUAGAGUCUCUAUUAAUGUGUACACCUCAACAACAUUUUCUAAUUUUCCCCUUCAAGAACAAUUUAAAAAGUCAGAUUUCUCACGUGAUAUUUACUUUAUAGGUGCCAGUCACACAGUGCAAUAGUUAAAAAAAACACUAAAAAAAUCAAAAUUUAUAACAACAUACAUAAAAUUCUUAAUCAAUCUAAGAAUUGGAUAGAUAUAUCAAAUAUAGAGCACAAGAAAAAACCUUAAUAUUCUGUAUAUGUUGUAUAAUAUUUUAAUAUAUAUAUCUAUAUAUAUUUUUAAUACGUGAGAUUCUACAUACAUUUUGAAAUAAAUGCAAAGUAUAGUUUUAUUUUUCAUGGGUUAAGUGUUCAAAUUUACAUAUUUUGUAUAUAUUCAAUAAGAUUUUAAUAUAUAUAUUCCAUAUAUAUUUUUUCAAUAUGUAAGAUUCGACAUAAUUAUAGACAACACAUACUUUUGUUUGUUUUGGGUGCUAUUAGUAUCAAGUGCCAUUUGUAUAUAUGUGCGGGCCAUGUUUAAAAAAAUAUUGAAAUUUAGCAUUGAAAAUCAAGUGUUAAUACUUUUUUCAAUGGUGAUAUUAUAUAAUAUGUAAGUGUCACUUAAUAUACUUUUUUCACAUGGUUUACACUAAAAGCAAUGGAUUUUCUCUCUUGUUGUGUUUAGAAUUGACCGGAGAACAUUAAGCCAUUCAUUUAGAAUAUCUAAUGAGUCCUCUAAUGUUUCAAAUACUAGAGCAACUGUCAUGCUUGGGAUGAUAGCACAGCUUCGUGUAAUUAAUAACAUAGCACAGUUUAUUUUAUUUUAUUUUAAAGCUCUAUAUCUUGCAUCAUUCAUCUGUCAAAUCAAUUCUACUCGUAUCGUACAAAUGUAAGCGUGUUUCAUAUUGAUCUUUGUUACAAAGCUUGACGUGAACUUAAUGAGAGAUUUUGGGACAAAUUGGGUCAUAUAUUUACUAUAUACAUUUGUAAUUAACUCUCUAGCCACUAGUGUUUGUCAUUUCUCUUCUCUUUACUUAAGUAGCCAAAUAUGACCUGCAAGGAAGCGCACAAUAAAUGUGGUGCUAUUUGGUACUUGCGCAAUCAACACAUUUAACAACAAGAGUCAUGAACUCUAACCCCCUAUUAUUGGGAUGGUCAGGUUUGGCAGGCUUAACAAGCCUAUAGAUAAAGAAUUCUUUUUUAAAACAUUCUCAAUUUUAAUGUCCUUACACUCUAUUUAUUACUAAUAAUAUAUGUGUCAUUAUUAGCACAUGGUCACAUUACCAAUAAUGUGUUCGAAGCAACUAAGGUUUUGUUCAAUCCUAACAUUCCAUAGGCUCAAAUUCUGCUCCAAAGGUUACAUUCAAUAAAAAUAUACUUCCGCGUUAUAAAAUUGCUAUUCAUUUGAAUUUAUUUAUCUAGGAAAAAAAUUAAUCAUCAACAUUAAUAUUAUUGCUAGCCUUGAUGAAACACCUAAGGGGAGCUAACGUUUCUCUCAUGUAACAAAUGCCGAUAAAUAAUAAGCUUCUUGACAAUGAGUUCCUGUUAACUUCUCCAACAAGGAUACAUGUGGCUGAACUCUCCAAAAUUAGCAAGAUUAGAACGUAUCUCUAUUUAUACAAGCAUUCUAUUGCGACUUUUUAGAAUUGGAACAUAUCUCUAUUUAUCAAUUUUAAAUUUUAUAAAUAGUUGCUUUCACUCUUGAUAUUUGUAUUACUCAAAUUAAGCAAAAGUAUGAUAAUCAAUACUUGACUGGGUUUUGAAACCAAAUUCUCGUGAGAACAAUAUUCUACUCAUCACUUUAUUACUUGUCAUGACUUGUGCGCUUCUGGCUCGUUGGCCAAGUUUAUUUAACAUUGCUAGAAAAGGUUAAAUGAGUAACAAAAUAAUGAAAUUAGAGGGGAUGGCAAAAUCUUUUUUUUUUUUAGAUAGAAGUGAUGAUAUGAAUUGUUUUUGUAAAUGUGAUGGCAUACAUAAAUAGUUAGUUUGAUAUUAGAUAUACACAAUUAUAUGUUUUAUUUUAAUGGGUUGUAAAAU